GCUCUUUUAUCGAUCUCGCAAAAUAUUCAAUGAAUUCUUUGCAAGAUUCUUUCGAAUACUUAAUAUAAUUCCAUUUAUUUAAACCAACCAACCUAAGUCAUUAACUUCUAUACAUCCACGAUUAUUUAAUUGCAUUGUAUAUAUUUUUCAGCGCUGUUUCUAUACUUUUUAUUCAACAUGACACAGUUACUAGGAAUUACUGAUUAUGUAGUGAUAGUUUUUAUGUUGGUCAUAUCUGCUUUGAUCGGUUUGUAUUUUCGAUUUUCCGGGGAUCGCCAGAAAACAACAAAUGAAUUUUUAAUGGGCAACAAGAAAAUGCAUAUAAUUCCAGUAGCUGUAUCCCUUAUUGCCACUAGUUUGUCUUCUAUCUCUGUAUUAGGCAUGCCAGCAGAGCUGUAUUUGUAUGGUACACAGUACUUUCUCAGCGCUUUGGGUAUUCCAAUUGGGGGACUAGUGGCUGCCUAUGGAUUCUUACCCAUUUUUUAUGAAAUGCAAGUAUCCACAUCUUAUGAGUAUUUAGAAAGAAGAUUUGGCCAAACAACUAGAACACUCGCUGCCAUCCUUUAUACUUUCCAAAUGAUACUUUAUAUGGGCGUAGUGCUGUAUGCUCCAGCAUUAGCACUGAAUGCUGUUACAGGUUUAUCAACUUGGGCUUCAAUUUUCUCACUUGCAGGGAUUUGUAUGAUUUAUAGUUCACAGGGAGGACUGAAAGCAGUGAUGUGGACAGUAGUAUUUCAGUCUAGUCUUAUGUAUUUGGCGAUGGUUGCUGUUGUAGUUAAGAUAUCGAUGAUGUUAGGCUUCACAGAAAUCUUCAAUAUUACUAAUGAAGGAGGGCGAUUCAUGUUCUUUAAUUUUUCCGGAGAUCUUACAGAACGUUACACAUUUUGGAACGGUCUUGCAAACGGCAGUCUGUUUUGGUUGUUUAUGUAUGGAACGAAUCAGUCACAAAUACAGCGAUUUUUAAGUGUUGGAAAUUUAAAAAAGGCUCAACAAGCAUUGCUUCUGAGCAUUCCUCUGGUGGUGUUUUUCUUCUUCUUCAUGUUCUGGGAUGGAAUUUCUCUCUAUGCCUUGUUCCAUGAUUGCGAUCCAAUGAAGGAUGAAAACGUAAAACUGAAAUCCGCUGACCAAUUGAUGCCUUAUGGUAUUCUGUACAUAUUUGGUAACAUACCAGGCCUCACAGGUUUAUGUAUUGCUGGGGUGUUCAGUGCUUCACUUGGAUCUCUUUCUUCAGCUGUCAAUGCCUUAGCUAACAUUACAGUAGAAGACUUUAUAAAGCCUUUCUGUUGCUGUAAAAAUAUAAGUGACACAUGGAUGACUUUAAUAGCCAAAUUACUAGCUGUAGGAUACAUUUUCCUCAUAUUAUUAAUGGCUUUAGUGUCUUCCCAUUUCCGAGGUGUUUUUGAAGCCGCCAACAUUGUUCUCGGUAUGAUAGCUGUUCCAAUUCUAGGGACUUAUUUACUUGGAAUGUUCACAACGACAGCCAAUGAACCAGGCGCACUUACAGGUCUUUUAUCAGGAAUGGUAAUGUAUGCUUGGGCAGGUUGGGGCGCAAUUGUUACCAAACCGCCAAUCCACACUUUGCCUCAAAGCACCGCAGGCUGUCAUAUAAAGUCAAAUACAGAAUUUUUCAACAUCUCAUCUGAAGCGACUAGCAUCACAGAAAACUUUACAGAAAUAUCUCACUUCAUAAGCAAUGAAGAAAACGAUAUUUUCCCAAUUUACAAAUGGUCGUACAUGUGGCUUCCUCUAUUUUCUACAAUCGUAACAUUAAGCGUCGGCUACCUGGCUAGCUGUCUUUUAAAAAUCUUUAUUCAUGUGCCUGAAGUGAAACGAGAGGCUGUUAGUCCAUUCGUAAGAAAAUGGUUUUUCAAAUCCUCCAGUGAUAAGGAGGAAACGAAAGACAAAAAUAAUGAAAUUGAAAUGAAUAAGAAUGAUGUUUAUGAUAGUAAUGGCACAAACUAUUGAAGCUCGAAUUUCUAUGAAAAAUGAUUCUGAAUAAAUUGGAAACAGUCUUCUGUAAAUGGAGAGAUAUGUGUCUUUUUUUAGAUGAAAAGAAAACAACAACACACACACAAAUUAUUUCAAGGAAGGACCACAUGUGAAAGACUGUAUCUGAAAAUUUUACAUGGUUUUUUAUUUCGCUCUUUCAUUUUUUUGUGUGUACUGAACAUUUUAAAAAUGAAGCUGAACUGCAAAAACACUGUUUGUUCAACUUGAAAUUUCUCUCACUUAAUAUAAUUAAAAAAUUAAAAAGAAAUGAAAAUUUGAUUUUUAUGAAUUCCAUGUUCAUCGGAACUAAAUAACUAUAAGGUUUACUCUUUAUAAGAAAGAAAAAUAUCUAACAAAAUGUUUCAAAAAGCCUGCUUUUCUUUUCUUCAAUAUUCUACAAGUGUCAUGUUUUGAAAAUAUUAGAAAAUCGUUUGGAUUAAAGCUGAUUUUGUUUUUUUAUAUUUGUUUGAUAUAAACCAGAUCUGAUAUGCAAUUUAACCGAAGAAAAAUCGUUUGUACAAUUUCAAGUUUUUCUUUCUACCAUGCUCAAGAACAAAAAACCCUUGAAGAAAAUUUUUAAAAGAUCCGUUUUAUGCUAUCGGAACCGAAGAUAUGAAACGAAUUUAAUAAGAAUUUUUUAUUAUUUACUAAUGCCUUAAAAUUCAAUAAUUUAUACAAAUAAAUUUGGUCUUUAUAAAAUAUUUUUUUCAACUUCAUUGUAUGCUUCAUUAAAAGAAAAACAAAUGUGAAAGUAUAUACUUAUUUAAGUUUGAAAAAUAAAUUAAUUUACGUAUUUUAUUUUUUACAGGAUUCUUAUU